AUGACUCAACUCCGCUUCGUCACUCUCGACGUCUUCACUUCAAAGCCAUACUCCGGAAACCCUCUAGCUGUGGUCUUCCUACCAGAAGAUGAAUCGCAAGCACUGACUCAACGUCAAAAGCACCAGAUCACACUGGAGUUUAACCUCUCUGAAACCAUCUUCGUCUACCCAGUGAAAGAUGCAUCCAAGCGCCAAAUUGACAUCUUCACCAUUGAAUGCGAGAUUCCAUUCGCUGGUCACCCUACUAUCGGCGCCGCAACUUGGUUCUUAUGCCAUGGUCCGGACGCAGCCGGUAAUGGCGUGAAUACUCUGAUCACCAAGUCUGGAGAGAUCCCGAUAUCGAUUCAGGAUCCAGCAACCAAGUAUGUUGCUGCGCGAAUUGCGCAUAAUACCCGUAUUCAUGCGUCACGCUACCCACUCCAAGAAUUACUGCGUCUUCACCCGACUCUGGCGCCGUUUUUCCCUAAGUCGGAUUUACCCUCGCUGGAAGCCUUAGCGGUUGUUACACCCGCUACGGGUGGGGAAUUUGUCUCUGUAGACAAGCAUCUCGAUGAGGGAUGGCGAUCGGGACUUGUCUGUGUUUACUUCUUUGUGCGUGAUGUUGAGGAUAGUGUUAUGAGUCAGAAGGUUAUUCGCACUCGCAUGAUGCUGGGUAAUUUGGAGGACCCGGCGACUGGUAGCUCGGCCAGUGGGUUGACUGCUUACCUGACUCUGACAGAGGGUCAAGCUGGACAAGAGCACAGGUAUCACAUUGUACAGGGUGUUGAGAUGGGUCGACGAAGUGAUAUUGGAGUGAACGUUACGCUUGGUAACGAUAAGAAGAUCGAGCAGGUGGAGUUGACCGGUACAGCGGUGCAGGUAUCAGAAGGUACUAUUCUGGCACCUGAAGCGUGA